AUGCUAAGUAUAGACUACAUCGUAGUCAACGUGAGCUCUGCAUACAAUGCUCUCAUAGGUCGGACAAUGCUAAACCAGCUCGCCGCAGUGGUCUCUACUCCACACCUGUGCAUGAAGUUCCCAAUGCCAGAAGGGAUUGCCACCGUAAGGGGGGGCCAAAAACUCGCGCGACGCUAUUAUAACGAAAGCCUGAACCUUAAGGGCGACCCCGGAGGAAAAGAAGCCAACACUAUUGAACUCGGGAGAACUCGAGCUCGCGAAGAACUUCGGCCCCAACCGAAAGGCGAGACCGAAGAUGUUCAGAUCGGAGAUACCCAAGACAAAACAACAAACAUAGGGGCAAACCUAAAAGGAGACUUAAAGGACCUGCUGAUAAAGUUCUUAAGGGCGAAUUCUGACUUAUUCGCCUGGAAGGCUGCCGACAUACCCGGUAUUGAUCCCGGACUAAUGUGUCAUAAAUUGGCAGUAUACCCUGGAUCUCAGCCAAUACAACAGAAACGCAGAAAGCUUGGCCCAGAGAGAUCGCAAGCUGUGGAGGAACAGAACGCAGGGGAUACAUACCAGAGGUUGAUGAACAAAAUUUUUGCCAACCACAUCAGAAAAUUGAUGGAGGUCUAUGUCGACGACAUGUUGAUAAAGACACAAAAGAAAAAAGCGCUACUACUCGACCUUGCCGAAGUGUUUGACACUAUAAGAAAGCACGGGAUGAGGCUAAAUCCCGUAAAGUGCACUUUCGCGAUAAAGGCUGGAAAAUUGUUGGGUUUCAUGCUCACCCAAAGAGGAAUUGAAGCAAACCCAGAUAAAUGUUAG